GAGCAUUGCUGCUGGUAGAGAGCAGCUCCUGGGGUUUCUGGGCUGGUUGCCCCAAAGUUGAGGAGGUGCUGAGGUCCAGCAGCUGCCCAGUCUCAGACAAUGAACUACGUGGGGCAGCUGGCUGAGACCGUCUUUGUCACGGUGAAGGAGCUGUACCGGGGUCUGAACCCUGCCACCCUGACAGGCUGCAUCGACGUGGUUGUGGUGAGACAGCCCGAUAACUCCUUCCAGUGCUCCCCGUUUCACGUGCGCUUUGGGAAGCUGGGGGUGCUGCGCUCCAAGGAGAAGGUGGUUGACAUCGAAAUCAAUGGGGAGCCUGUGGAUCUGCACAUGAAGCUGGGUGACAAUGGAGAGGCCUUCUUUGUCCAGGAGUCAGAAGAAAACGAGGGCAGCAUUCCCGCCCGCCUCUGCACGUCUCCCAUCCCCAGGGAGGAAAGCCUGGAGGAUGCCACUCAGCCCUCUCAUGGGCAGGAGGCCUCUAGCGCUGAAGCAACCCUGCGCAAGAGGAGGCGACGCAAGAGGAAGCCCAAGCGGAAGGAGGUGUCAGACUCCAAGUUAGAAGGCUGUGAGGAGACCAAAAGCAAGAUGUCCAUGGAAGAGCCAUGCAAGCUGCCAGACCCUGGUGAUUCUGUGUAUUUCUCCUUCACUGAUCUCCCUGAAGAAGAAACCAGGUCACUGCAGUCUCCAGAGAUGCACCCUUACUCUGAUGGGGAGCUGGCCUCCAUGGAGAGUCCCACCCUGAGCUAUCAGUCUUCUCCCAAAAGUGACUCUGAGCUGGAGAUCAGACCGCAGGAGAGUUUUGCUCUAGGGGCUGAAUCCCAUGUGCAGUGGACCUGGGGAAGGCUCCCUCAGGUGAAUAAAUCGGAACGAGUUGAACCAGCCAAGUCCACAAAGACCUUUGCUACUGCAGCAACUACUGUCUCUGCGACACCAGUCCUGGUGGAUGAAGCAGCCCAUUUUCUUGCCACCUCUGAAGGUCUGGGAGGAGGUCCAAGCACAAUGGGACACCAGGGUGCACCUUGUUCCUCCACUGUGUCUGUUUCUAAGCUGACACCUGCACCAUGGGAUGGGAACAGCCUCUCUAAGCUGAAGGACAUCCCCAGUGCUGUGGGGACAGAGAGCUUAUUGGAAGACACCUCAGCCCCACAAGAGAAACAGGAGGAAAGUGGGAGUGUUGUGCCAGAGGUUCAGCCAGAUGUGGACCCCUUUGAGGGAGCUGCUGCUCCCAAGCAGAUGGCCUCAGAGGAGCCUGAGCCCCAGCUGGAAAGCCAGAGGAGACAAGGAUCCAUCAAAAGAAGCCCUCACUUGGGUCCCAGUGAUGUUUACCUGGAAGACCUCUCCAACCUGGAUGAGAAGCAGCUGGCUCUCUAUUUCCCCAGGAGUGACACAGAGCAGAGCUCAAAGCCUGUGGCAGACCCCAGCAACCCUCUGUGUGUCCAGCUGCCAUCUGACCUGCCUGCCGACAGCCCCAUGGACUCUGACCCUGAUUUGAUGCCCUCAAUUGCCCUGUCUCUGUGUGGAGGGCUGGGAGGCAGCAGGCAGAUCUCCCACGAGAAGUUCAUGGAGCACAUGGUGUCCUACCAGCAGUUUGCUGAGAAUCCAGGGCUCAUCGAUGACCCGAACCUGGUGAUACUGAUCAACAAGAAGUAUUACAACUGGGCAGUGGCUGCUCCCAUGGUCCUGUCCCUUCAAGCUUUCCAGAGGAACAUUCCUGAGAGCACCAUCGACCAACUGGUGAAGGAGAAGAUGCCCAAGAAAGGCAGCAGGUGGUGGUUCUCCUGGAGGAGGAGAGAAUUCCCAGCAGAGGAGUGGUCGAGGCCAGGGAAAGCCACCACGGGGAUGCUGCAGCGUGACUCUGCUCAGCAGAGGGAGGAGGUGGUGUCAUCCAGUGAUGAUGAGCCUGGGCACCACGGGGGAAUAUUAACUGUGGAUGGUCCUGCACAGAAAUCUCAGCCAACCUACAAGAAAUCUCUGCGACUCUCUUCUGAACAAAUUGGAAGGCUGAAUCUGCAGGAUGGUCCCAAUGAGGUGGCAUUCAGCGUGACAACUCAGUACCAGGGCACAUGCCGCUGUGAGGCCACCAUCUACCUGUGGAACUGGGAUGACAAGGUGGUGAUCUCGGACAUUGAUGGCACCAUCACCAAGUCAGAUGCUCUUGGGCAUAUCUUGCCUCAUCUGGGAAAAGACUGGACUCAUCAUGGGAUUGCCAAGCUCUUCCACAAAAUCCACCUGAACGGCUACAAGUUCCUCUACUGCUCAGCCAGAGCGAUCGGCAUGGCCCACAUCACCAAGGGCUACCUCAAAUGGGUCAAUGAGCAGGGCUGUGCCCUCCCCAAGGGCCCCAUCCUGCUCGCCCCCAGCAGCCUCUUCUCUGCCUUCCACAGGGAGGUGAUUGAGAAGAAGCCAGAGGCGUUCAAGAUCGCCUGCUUGAUGGACAUCCAAAACCUGUUUGCCACGAAGCUGCCCUUCUAUGCAGCUUUUGGGAACAGAGCCAAUGAUGUCUAUGCCUACAAGCAAGUGGGCCUGCCCGAGAGCCGCAUAUUCACAGUUAACCCCAAGGGAGAGCUGAUCCAGGAGCUCACAAAGAACCACAAGUCAACGUAUGAGCGGCUGGCGGAGCUGGUGGAGCUGAUCUUCCCUCCCCUGGGGCAGAGUGGGAGCAUCGCUCUGGUGUGUCCAGAGUACAGCCACUUUGCCUACUGGAGACCUCCACUGCCUGCUGUUGACUUGGAUGUCUUCUGACCCCGUUACCUCUGGAGACCUGACCUAGGGCUCUCCUGUGCCUCCUCUGCUGGGGUUGGAUGCUCCAGGUGCAUCUCCUCCUCCCUGUUUGCUGCUCAGGCAUUUUGCACUUCUAAUACGGGUCACGUUCUGCACCAGAAACACCCCUUCUCAGGGGGCCAAAGGGGAGUAAGAGGGAACUCUGACUACACAAAACCCCCAUUUACACUGGAAUUCCUGUAAGCUGGGUCUCUUCUUAAUGGUCUCGACAGCUUUAAAGCCUGGCUCUCUUUUAAGGUGGUGGUGGGUCACUGUCUUAUUUAUGGAUGAGCCUCUGGCAUAGCUAUUGCUACCUCCAGUAUGACCAGCAUUCCCAGCCAGUCCAACUACCCAUAGUUUGGUAGCUGGUGGAGUGAAGCUGUCCUGUGGCUUAACAACUUGUUAAGGGGGAUGGAAGCUGUUGGGGUUUUGA